CGCGCCCGGCUCAUGCACGAGCUGCAGCUGCUUCGCGUCGAGCUGGCUGAGCUCACCCACCAGAGACAGGUGGAGCAGCGGGAGCAGCAGAGCCGGGUGGACGAGCUUGAGGACCAGCUGGCCGAGGCGCUCCACCAGCGCAACAUGCUACAGAUCAGGCAGACGGGCCAGCUGGGUCAGUACGAGGCAGAGCUGGCCGCGCUCCGGCAGCAGCUGGACCAGCUGGUUAGCCGGCAGAAGCAGCUGGAGGAAGACAACAGUCGGCUGCAGGUUACCCCGGACCAGGUGAAGCGUUCGCUGCUGCAUCUCAACAUCAGCGAGGCCCGCUACCAGGAGCUCAGCAAGAUGGACCCGCAGAACAUGUCGCUCAAGGACUUUACCGCGCUGCGCGUGCACGAGUCUGUGGCGCCGCUGGAGCAGCUGGCCGAGGCGCACCAGCGGUUGCGGGAGUCGGCGCUGCCGCGCGCCGUGCGCGACGACCUGUCAGCGCGACUAGCGGCGGCCGAGACGGAGCGCGAGGACACGCUCAGUCGGCUGGCCGAGACCGGCUUCCAGUGA